AUGAAUGCGAUCUCGACAUCGCAGGGCAUCACGUGCGCCCAGUCGUUCUCGCGCCAGGACACGCCGGAACGCCCCUCAGGCUCUAGUCUCUUGCCAUCCCUCAAAAUGUUGCGGACUGUUGCACGCGCACAGCUCAGGCCAUCAACGAAAUUCCAGUCCCGCAGCUUCGUCUCCACUGUCCUCCUGACCAAGGCAUGGGAAACCGAAUCCGUCAGCGAGCUCAGGAAGGAGGCGAAGAGCAGAGGCUUGUCCCAACAGGGAAACAAGGCUACUCUCAUCACCCGGCUGCGAAAAGAUGACGAGCAGAAGGCAAUCUCACCAGCACCCCCAGUUUCCCCGCAAGUGCGUCAUGCGUCCACGACAGAGGUCCCUGGCAUCCCGACCACCGAGGUCCCUCCCCCACUUCCGAAAACAUACCCGAAAGAAUUUCUCGAUGUGAAGAUGCCAACGGCUUCGGAGCCGGAUCAGGAGCCACGAAUUCAAAUCCCAUUUUUACCAGACCUCUGGGAUUCAUCACGAAUCAAAGCCGAGUCCAUUCCCACCUCGGCUCAACCUGACAAUUCCACGCCUAAGAUGGUCGCGGUGGCAGGUUCGGCCACGCAUCACGGUGGUGGUCCCACGUACAGCCUUUCCAACUUUGAAUCAGAGGACUCAACUACCACGAACGCAUCUGAGGCCGGUCCUUCUGGAUUCUGGAGGGAUCUCGCGGAAGACCUCAAUAUCCCUACGUCACUGAAGCUACCUAGUGCAGCACAGGUCCAAGCAAAAUUUGACGCCGCGGAAAAGACGGAAUCUCUGUCGGGACAGAAGACAUAUUCGCGGACGCUAGACGGAGACGAAGUCAGAGGCUUGUGGGCACUGUUCGGGCUGUUCGCCGGCUCAUGGCUAGCCGCGGGAUACUUCAAGACGCCGUCUGCAUUCGCGGAAAAGGUGGAAGAGGCAGCGGAGAAGGCAGAGAAUGCAGCGGGAAAGCACUGA